AUGACCGAAAUGCAUACCAAAAUGGACAACACUGAAGGCGUGGACAGUCUUGAAAAUAAUUUGACAAAAGAUAACUCCAUAAAGAAAUUGGUGACACAAAGCCAACUCUUUGAUGCUUUUAAUUCAAACUAUUUUUCAAACAACUAUUCCGGUGUUAAAAAUAACUUUAGUUAUCAUAACAAUAGUACCGACGAUUACUUAUCAUAUGAGGAACGGAUGGAAACAUAUAUAGUUCCCUUUAUAUUUGGCAUCAUAUUUAUAGUGGGUUUUCUGGGAAACGGAACACUGAUCCACAUAUUUAUUAGACAUAAAUCAAUGAGAAAUUUGCCCAACACUUUCAUCGUGUGUCUGGCAGUGGGUGACCUACUAGUUAUUGUCGGUACCGUUCCUUUUAUUAGUAUUAUAUAUACAUUGGAAAGUUGGCCGUUCGGUGAGUUUAUCUGCAAACUAAGCGAAUUUCUUAAAGAUGUGUCGAUCGGUGUCACUGUUUUGACUCUAAGUGUACUGUCAUUUGACCGAUACGUUGCAAUAGCGGCGCCGUUCAGCAAAAUUAAUGACAGUUCAUCUAAGAGUACUACCCUUGCAGUGGUGGUUGCCGUGUGGUGUACAUCUAUAUUGUUUGCCAUUCCCGGUGCUUAUAAUUCGCAUAUCCUAAAGUAUAACAUAAGCGAUAACAACUACAUAAAGGUGUGCUAUCCGUUUCCAAACGAGUUGGGGGAAUGGUAUCCCAAAAUGAUAGUACUUCUCAGAUUUAUAUUCUUCUAUGUGAUACCACUCCUAACUAUUGGUUCCUUUUACGCAAUGAUGGCCAGACAUCUCGUCCAGAGUUCACAACAGGUAAAUGGUCUAAAUGUUAAUCACAACAAACAUAUAGAGCAGAGGACACGGGUCGCCAAAAUGGUCUUUACUUUGGCCAUCAUUUUUGCCGUUUGUUUCUUUCCGAAUCAUAUAUUUAUGCUAUGGUUUUACUUUACGUAUCCAAACUCAAUGGAUAAUUACAAUACGUUUUGGCACUUAUUAAAGAUAUCAGGAUAUUGCCUGACGUUUAGCAACAGUUGUUUAAAUCCGGUGACUUUAUACCUAAUAAGCGGUAAAUUUCGGUCACAUUUCAAACGCUAUUUGUUUGGAUGUUUUGUAAAACGUCGACAACUGGAGAGGACGCGUACCUUCAGAGCCAAACCCUUACUGUUUUACAGCACAUCAGUCAAGAGCUUAUCAGUGAUGAGACAGUCGACUAUCUCUACCAGACUGUUUGUGUUGUACCAAAAUCUUAAGAAAUAA